CGCUCCAGCCGCCCGGGAUCCGCCAUGGCAGCGACACGUCUGUGCCCGGCCCCGGGAGCUUCCGGGAAGCGCCGGGGCGGGGCCGGUCCUUCCCGGGGCCGACCCUUCCCGGGGCCGCCUUCCUCACGGCCGGCUGCGGGAGGGGGUGAGGGGCGGUGUCCGCCGGGGCGGUACCUGCCUCCCGGGAAACGUCGUGUUCCGGGAGAAGCCACCGGGCCCGACAGCCAGGGGCUGCGAGGCGCUUUCCUUGGCGGACCGAGGCGCCUCCGGGUGACCCGGCCGGGGCGGGCUCCGGCGCGGCCUCCGAGGAUGGCGGCGGAGCCGGGCACUAGCGAGGUGCGGCGGCAGCACCGCUUCGACCAGGGCAGCCUGGAGCGGUACCUGAGCAGCCGCUUGCCCGGCUUCCCUCGGCAGCCCGCGGGCGCGCUGGCUGUCAGGCAGUACAGCUCAGGCCAGUCAAACCCAACCUUUUACCUUCAGAAGGGUGGGCAGGCUUUUGUGCUCAGGAAGAAGCCCCAUGGUCCCCUUCUACCUGGAGCACACAAGGUCGAUAGAGAAUAUCGUGUGCAGAAAGCUUUAUUUUCCGCUGGGUUUCCAGUGCCUGAGCCCCUUUUGUAUUGCAGUGACGUUUCUAUCAUUGGAACAGAAUUUUAUGUAAUGCAGCAUGUGCAGGGUCGCAUUUUCCGAGACAUCUCCCUGCCUGAGGUGGGCCCAGCAGAGCGUUCUGCUCUGUAUCUUGCCAUGAUAGAAACUCUGGCCCUGUUGCACUCCUUUGAUUUGCAGUCAUUGGGUCUCCAAGGAUAUGGUAGAGGACCAGGAUACUGCAAAAGACAGGUAUCAACUUGGAAAAAACAGUAUGAUGCAGCUGCUCAUACAGAUAUUCCUGCCAUGAACAAGCUGGCUGAGUGGUUAGCAAACAACUUGCCACCUGAUGAUAAUGAAGAAACCCUGAUUCAUGGGGACUUCAGAAUAGACAACAUCAUCUUCCACCCAACAGAGGCUCGUGUUUUGGCAGUGCUGGACUGGGAACUUUCAACUACUGGUCAUCCUUUAGCAGAUUUAGCAUAUGCCACUCAAUUCUACUUUUGGCCUACAUCUCUUAAGGACUUAGGUCAAGGCUCUGUCUUGGGUUUCAAAGACACCAUAGAAACUCCUUCCUUUGAAGAACUGGUUUCCAUUUACUGCCGCUGCCGACGUAUUCCCACUACUUUACCCAACUUGAACUUUUUUCUUGCUUUGUCCUAUUUCAAAAUGGCAGGGAUAGCCCAGGGUGUAUAUGCCAGGUAUCUUAUUGGAAAUGCUUCUGCAGAGAACAGUCAUGAAUUUGCAAAGCUUGUGGAGCCUUUGGCAGAAAGAGGACUAGAGCUCUCAAGAAGGUCAUCCUUCAGCAGCACACAGCACAGCAUUUCUGGAGAGCUCUUCCAUCAAAGUAGGAAAGGCCAAGAAAUUUUGCUGAAGGUUAAGCAGUUCAUGAAGCAGCACAUUUAUCCAGCUGAGAAGGAAAUAAUAAAAUAUUAUACGGAACAUAGAAAUGCUGAGGACAAAUGGAAGAAACCACCACUGCUGGAGAGACUGAAGGAAUUGGCCAAAGCAGAAGGCCUGUGGAACCUUUUCCUCCCAGAUGUCAGUGGUCUCAGCCAGCUUGACUAUGCCCUAAUAGCUGAGGAGACAGGGAGAUGCCUUAUUAUUGCUCCUGAGGUUUUCAACUGUCACGCACCCGACACGGGAAACAUGGAGGUCCUCCACAUGUAUGGCACUGAAGAGCAAAAGAAGGAGUGGCUGGAGCCUCUCCUAGAAGGGAAGAUUAGUUCUUGCUUCUGCAUGACGGAACCUGAUGUGGCUUCAAGUGAUGCUACCAAUAUGCAAUGCACCAUUGAGAGAGAUGGGAACAGCUACGUGAUCAAUGGCAAGAAGUGGUGGAGCAGUGGUGCUGGGAACCCGAAUUGCAAAGUUGCAAUUGUAAUGGGCAAAACCAAAAACUCAUCAGCAUCCAGGUACAAGCAGCACAGUAUGAUUAUUGUUCCCAUGGACACCCCAGGGCUGAAGCUGAUAAGACCUCUUUCAGUGUUUGGCUACAUGGAUGAGAUCCAUGGAGGACAUUUUGAGAUACACUUCAAUGACGUGCGAGUACCUGUCUCCAAUAUAAUACUGGGUGAGGGCAGGGGGUUUGAGAUAGCCCAGGGCCGGCUGGGGCCGGGCCGGAUCCAUCACUGCAUGCGCUCCCUCGGUGCGGCCGAGGCCGCUCUGGAGAUCCUGUGCCAGCGCGCGGCUCAGCGCGAGACCUUCGGCAAGAAACUCUAUCAGCAUGAAGUUGUUGCCCACUGGAUUGCGGAAUGCCGUCUUAGCAUAGAACAAGCUCGUCUGCUCACACUACAAACAGCCCGCAAGAUUGACAUGUUGGGCAACAGAAGAGCAAGGAGAGAGGUAGCCAUGACCAAAGUGGUUGUUCCACGAGCUGUGCUUAAAGUGAUUGACUGUGCAGUUCAAGUGUGUGGUGGAGCUGGAGUUUCUCAGGAUUUUCCUUUGGCAUUCAUGUUCGCAUCCAUACGCACCUUGCGCCUAGCGGAUGGACCCGAUGAAGUUCAUCUCUCAACAAUUGCAAGGUGGGAACUCCUUGAUCAGUCCAAGAAGCUCACUGCAAAAAUCUAAUGUCAGCAUAAAGCCUUCUCAAAUGGAGGGAAAAUUAAGGAAAAGUUUCAGUGUAAUAAUGGUAUCUAAGGUAAAACUGAAUGAAUACAAAAACUUGAUUCUAACUGGAAGCAAUUUCUCUCACUAUUUUCACUUAUUACACUUAAUAAUUAUGGGCGUGCUUUUAAGAAUUUGCAGAACACCACGCAAUAACUUAUCUGGGUUUCUUUAUAAUACUAAAUAAAAUCUAUUUUCUAACAGGCCUAAAGUGCUUGCUUUGUUCUGAA